AAAAAAAAAAAGCAGUGAAAAGAGAAGCAAAGUGAAAACAGGCAUGGGAAGAUCUCCUUGUUGUGAUAAAGUUGGCAUCAAGAAAGGUCCAUGGACCCCUGAGGAAGACAUCCUUCUUGUUUCUUACGUCCAAGAACACGGACCUGGGAAUUGGAGAUUAGUGCCCACUAACACUGGGUUGCAGAGAUGCAGCAAAAGUUGCAGGCUUCGAUGGACAAACUAUCUGAGACCAGGAAUCAAGAGAGGGAACUUUACACCUCAUGAAGAAGGGAUGAUUAUUCAUUUGCAAGCUUUAUUGGGUAACAAAUGGGCAGCCAUUGCUUCAUAUUUACCACAAAGAACAGAUAAUGAUGUAAAGAACUACUGGAACACCCACUUGAAGAAGAAGCUAAAGAAGUUUCAGCCAGCUAUGGAACUCCCCCAAAUGGCUCAGGCUUGCUUGAAUAAAACCCUAGCUACUGGUUCAAGUUCAACCAUUGCUACAUAUGCUUCAAGCACUGAGAAUAUUUCUCGUCUUCUUCAAGGUUGGAUGAGAGCGUCACCAAAUAUUUGCAGUAAUCAGAGUGCCAUAAUUCUCCAAACCCAGUCGAAAGAUGAAAGUGGAGGUCGUGAUUUGAUGUCGAACGAACAUUUUGAGUCCAUUUUAAGGUUUGAGAACAUGAAUAAUGUUGCAUGGGAGAAAUCCGCUUGUGGUUCUACUACUUCAAAGGGUGGUUUUCAAGAUUCUGGGAAUGAUGAUCAGUUCAGUGUUGAAAUUACCCAAGAAAUGAAGCAAAAAACUGGGAAUAAUAGCAAAUUUUAUCCUUCAUUUUCAUCUCUUGAGAAAUGGCUUUUGGAUGACAGUUGGGCAGGUAAAGUUGAAGAGAUGAAUCAGUGGAUGGAACUUUCCCCAAUUUUCUAAGAUUUUAAUUCUUUAUUUUUAUUACUGUGGUAGAUUUGGUUUUCACUCUAUGCCGUAUGGUUGUUUACAUAGCAAAUACUAUCACCAUUAAUUAUGAUAUAUCAAAUCACAAAAUAAUAAUCAUAAUUUU